CGAGCCGGCUCGCUUUCCUAGUCCGCUUCGGGCCCGCGGGCGAAAGGUUGAGCGCGUUGUUGUGCCAGCAGCCAUGACGGGCCGCGAGGAGACCCAAGUGGAGGGCAAAGCCAAGGGGAAAGUCUUGGCGCCCAGCGGCGGAGGAGGUGGCGGCAACGAGAAGGCGCGCAUGGGCAGCCCCGCUGGAGGGCCCUUGCGCUCCACGCGCGGCUUCGCCAUCACCGACCUGUUGGGCCUGGAGGCGGAGCUGCAGCCCCCGGCCGCCUCGGGCUGCGAAAGUGGAGGGGCGGCGGCAGCAGUGGCUGGACUCGGAGGAGGAGGAGGGGGAGGAAGCGGGGCGCCCUUGCCCUUGGGUUUGGGGUUCCUCUGCGGCUUCGCCACCCCUCCGCCUUCCUCCGGGGCGCACUGCCUCUUGCCGGCUCACCUGCCCUUCCUCCAGCACCAGCCCCAGGCCCACCCUCCGCACCACCACCACCACCACCCUCCUGCCCAGCACCACCACCAUCCCCACCACCAGUAUGGCGCCGAGAAGCUCAAGGAGAACAUCUCGGAUGAAGACAGUUUAUCAGGUGACAAGAACAGUUUGAAGAUUUCCGACUCUCAGAUCAAGAGAAAGAAACGCCGGCACAGGACUGUGUUUACUGCCCAUCAACUGGAGGAACUGGAAAAGGCUUUCAAUGAAGCUCAUUAUCCUGAUGUGUAUGCAAGAGAAAUGUUAGCUAUGAAAACGGAGCUCCCUGAGGAUAGGAUACAGGUUUGGUUUCAAAACCGAAGAGCAAAGUGGCGGAAACGUGAGAAGUGCUGGGGCCGCAGCAGUGUGAUGGCUGAAUAUGGCCUCUACGGAGCCAUGGUGAGGCACUCCAUCCCACUACCAGAAUCAAUCAUCAACUCUGCCAAAAAUGGGCUUGUGGGCUCCUGUGCCCCUUGGCUGCUUGGAAUGCAUAAGAAGUCAGUUGAUGUUCCAAGGAAGUCUGAAAAUGAGGAAAAGGGUAAUGUUGUCUGGAAAUCUGAGCUCCCUGAAGAGGAAUUAAAAAUUAAGCCAGAAGAACAGGAGCAAAAUUCCACUGACAAAUUCAGUGCCAUGGACAAUUCUGAAGACAUUGCAAUGGAUCUUUCCAGCACUGCAAAGCAGGAGAAAAAGAGCAGCACUUUGAGACAGAGUCUGAGUGGAGCAUCACAUCCCAAAAUAAAAGAAAGUGAGCGCUAAGUGUGGGACAUUGGCAGCACAGGGUGGUGGGUAGAGGGUAGGUAUGAACCACAGACUCAAAAUGAGAUAAGGAAACCUCUCCAUUGUUUGGAAAUGUGAAUAUUUAUUAAUAUUUAUUAGUAUUUUUUUCCUGCUAGGUUAAUGCAUUUUACAUGCAGAUGGGACCUGCCCAAGAUACUAUUUAUUUUUUCAUCUUUAAAGUUCUUUAUAUGUAAUUGAGAUAAUACAUAGGUGUAGUUGAAUUCUCCUCCCUUUCAAAUGUCACACUAAGUCACCUUUUAUUAGCAGCUCCAGAAAAUGCUAAUAAUGUUCCCUCCUGUAACAGAAAACCCACAUAACUCUAGAAGUACCAUAUUUCCUCAAAUCUAAUGCUCACUUUUUUUGCUGAAUUACAUAGCCAAAUAUGAGGUGCACAUUAGUUUUGACGGUGUGUCUCCUAAACUAAGCCAAGAGAUGAUAAUUAUAAAACUGAUUUUGGUUUUGUUUUCAGAGAUGUUAAUCCUUCUGAAUUAGAAGGAUUUCUUGGUUCUACAAUCCAUGGUCCAACAAGUUUGUUAUUAGGCUCAAACCCAUAGAGACAAAAUUUGUCCAUAGCUUGAGAAAGUUCACAGUUUUCAAGAGGUGGUCACAGUGUAAUUAUUUGAUCAAGGAUUAAGGAAUUUUUAUCAUAAAUUUACAUUUUUAAUGUUUGUAUAUAAGCUGCUUCUGAUAUUAGCUGCUACUGUAGAACAGGAAGAGCUUUCCUCUGUACUGUUGGAGGCAAUGUAAACUUCACUGUGGAGUCUGGGAAAGAGGUCUCACAAGAGGUACCAAACUGUGUAGCAUUGUUAUCUUUGCCUUUUGCAUAAAAGGGCUUUGAAAAUGGACACUUUGUAGCCAAAAUACUCAAUUUUUUCUUACUCUUCAUAUAAAACAAAACAGUAAACAAUGCUCCUUGUAUAUAGCUUGAUUAAAAUUUGUUGGCACAGAGACAGAAUCUGCUAAGCCAAUGAUGUUCACCAUUUGGCUUUCCAGAUGGUGUUGAGCUUAAACUCAUCCCUCUCUGUUGGCUAUGAUGGCUAAGACUGAUGGGAUUUGCAGUCUACUAUCUGGAGGGCCACAGUGUGUCCACUUCUGCUUUGGGAGCUGGAUUAACUCCAUCUGGCCACCCAUUCGUAUGUGUUGGCCUUUCCACACCUCAAUUCAGUACAUCCCGUCUCCAGUCAUCAUGAUCAAUGAUAAUAAUAAAAACAAGAAGUUUCAUCCCAUCUGGACGGCAUCAUCUUUGAAAAGGCAGGCUGUGUAUACCAGAUAGAUUCACAUAAUUUCUGAUACCUUUCUGCUUGUACUCACUUGAAUUGGUUAAUUGUAAGCUGUCUUGGAUCCCAUGGCAAGAGAAAGGCAGGGUAUAAAUUGAAUCAAUGAAUGAUUUUCAAGGCGAAUUGCAGCGGAACAGUGUAAACUGUGCAAAUUCUAAUUGUUAAUCUCAAUUAGGAUGGAUUUGUUAAAUCAAUAGGAACUUGGUAAAUCAACAUCUAUGAGUUCUGUUAGUUCAGUUGAUCUACUGUUGUUGGGAUUAAGGGCAGGGUACAUGCCAGGAGUCCCCUGGUAGUGCAGCGGGUUAAACUGCUGAGCUGUUGAACUUGCUGAUAUGAAAGGUUGACUGUUCGAAUCCAAGGAGUGGGAUGAGCUCCUGCUGUUAGCCCCAGCUUCUGCCAACCUAGCAUUUUGAAAACAUGCAAAUGUGAGUAGAUCAAUAAGUACCGCUUCUGUGGGAAGGUAAUGGUACUCCAUGCAGUCAUGCUGGCCACAUGAUCUUGGAGAUGUUUACGGACAACACCGGCUCUUCAGUUUAGAAAUGGAGAUGCACAUCAUCUCCCAGAGUCAGACACGACUAGAUUAGGCUUCACAUCAGGGGAAACCUUUACCUUCUAUAGGCCAGGAGUAGGAUUUUUUUUUUGCACUCCAGAUGUUAUGGAAUAGAAAUUCUUGGCAUUCCUUGCCAUUGGCAUGUUGGCUUCAAAAUUCCCACCCCUGAUUAGGGCAUUUUCCCCAAUACCCAGAUAUCACAUGGAAUUAUACAUGAAACUAACAGCUGCCUUUUUUGAUGGCUGGUGUUGGUGGGUCUGAAUGAUUUCAUGACCUUCAGGAAACUCAGGAAAACCUCAGCAUAUAUACAGAGCAGAACAAAUGAUCACAUUGGGAGUUUUUCUUGCACCAAAUGAUGUGUUUGUAUCAGGGGCCCUUCAUUUGUUUUGUAGAUGCUGCAUCAGGGUGUGUUGUGUGGCACAUUUACAGUUAGGGAGUUCUCCCCUUCACUGCUGGCUUCAGUGUGAGAAAAUGAAUUGAAUGGUGCAGCUGCAAAAUUUUGUUUGGGGAAAAAUAUGCAAUAACUCUACAUAUUUGAAUGUUACUCGCUAUGCUAUGCAUAAUAGAACUCAAACAUUUAUGGAGGGAAACCAAGCCAUAGAAAACAGUAAUAAAAUAAUGCUAUUUUGUAAAAUGUCAUAGGAAAAUAUUUUGUAAUAUGUCUGUAAAAGUGUUAAUGUUUUGAUUCCUCCUGACUCCCCUACCCUUUUUAUAUUGAUGUCCAGAAGCACUUUAGAUAUCUGUAUUUUCUAAACGUUAUCCUCCUUGCAUUGUUUGUCAUUUAUUUAUUAUGUAUUCAUAAAUAAAAGUCUUGUGUUUCUUUGUGGA